GUACCUUGUUUUUAUUUUACUAAUUGACAAAUAAAUUACAAUUUUUUUUGCUAGUCCUUUACACAGACAAUAGAUUUCCAUUUACUUUCUGUGGUCCUAUACUAUUGUACUAUUCUUGUAUAGAUAGAUAGAAUCGAUAUUUACAUUUUGACAGCUGAAAUAAUAUUUUGAAAACGAAAUUGGGAACUGAUUUCUGACCAUUUGAGCAUGACCAGUUAUCAUGACGCAUAAUACAAAGGUAAAACCCACUGAAUUGAAAAGCGAUGGAAUUUUAGUUAAAUGUGGAGGAUUUUCAACACAAUUGUCAAAGCACGUGACAGGGAAAAUAUAUGGAGAUCCUUUAUGGGGAUCGCGUUUUGAUUAUGAGAACCCAUCUGCUGUGAUACGGACACAUUUGGAUUUUUUAGAAAGUGGUGCCCAAAUCAUCUUAUCCAAUACUUAUCAGUCUAGUGUAGAUGGUUUCAUGAAAUACUUACAUCUAAGUAGAGAAGAGAGCAUUGCAUUGAUAAGAAGUAGUUGUAAAUUAGCAAAGGAGGCCAGGAAUAUGUAUAUGAAAAAUGUAAAAGAAUGCAAAGGCAUCUCAGAACCUGUACUGGUGCUAGGCUCUGUUGGUCCUUAUGGGGCAACGCUUCACAAUGGAUCCGAAUAUGACGGAUCAUACGCUACUAAGAUGACAAGACAUGAAAUACAAAAUUUCCAUCGUCCCCGUAUUGAUGCUUUGGUAGCUGAAGGAGUAGAUGGAUUAGCCGUGGAAACUAUACCAUGUCUAAUGGAAGCCGAAGCAAUUACAGAAAUGUUACUAAGGCAAUAUCCGGAAGUAAAAUUUUGGGUUUCUUUUCAGUGCAAAGAUGAUUUACAUUUGGCAAAUGGGGAAACAUUUGCAAAUGCUGCUCUGAGCAUUUGGAAUAUGGUCAAAAAAAAUAAUAAAUAUAACCCCAAGGAAAAGAUUUUCGGAAUUGGAGUUAAUUGUGUUAAUCCCAAGUUUGUGGCGAACCUUUUUAAAUCUUUGCAUAGAAAUGAGACUGACCUACCGCCCUUGGUUGUUUAUAGUAACAGAGGUGAAAUUUUUGAUAGCAAAAAAGGAUGGACCGGAGCUGAAAAUUGUAUACCUAUUGAAGCAUUUGUACCUGAAUGGAUAGGCUUAGGUGCCUCAAUAAUAGGUGGAUGCUGUCGAGUUUAUCCAGAAGACAUUUCAAGAAUUCGAAAAUGUGUCAAUAGUUAUACCUCAGAAACAAAUUAAACCAAUUCAGUGUCAAAAUUGAUAAUGUCAAAGAACUAUAAGAGCGAUGAUAAGGAAUAUGAACAGUUGAGUGCAAAACAAAAGCAACACUCCAUGCACUAUUAUUGGACAUAUAUUUCUUAAACCUAAAAAAUGUAUGUUUUAAUGUACCAAUGAGAUAGUUGAUCUAAUUUUAAUACGAUUACAAAAAAAAAUAUGAGAAAAUCCCGACUUUUGGAGUUUACACAAAUAUUGUACGAGUUAGAAGUGUA